CGUUGGGUUGAGAUUCCAUCCACGGUUGAGUCCACACAGCCUGAACACUAUGCCAGACAAGAAAGAAAAGCCAAACAAGAAAGGAAAGCCAAAGCUGACCAAAGCUCAGAAGAAGCAGCAGCUGAAGGAGGAGAAGAGGCGGCGAGAGGAAGAAGAAGCCCGGCUCCAGGCAGAAAGGGAAGAACAAGAGAGACUGGAAAGAGAAAGAAAGCAGGAAGAGAUAGAAAGGCUAGAGCUGAAGGACCAAGAGCGCAGAGAGGAUGAGCUGAACGAACUGCGCCAUCUCCUGGAGGAAAACCAUGCUGCAGUAACCAAAUGGAAAAGAGAUGCCGAGGAGACAGCUGAGUGGGACAGAUACAUGCGUUGCGACGGUGUGCCAGACCCAAGAGUGCAGCGGGAGAUCAAUACAUUUAUCAGUCUGUGGAGAGACGACCCAGACGUUAACAUAACACAGGUGCUCAAGCAAUGCAACACUGCUCUUCAGCUGGUUGAGGGGCUGGAAGGUCUGCUGGAAGAGGUCACAGAUUCACAAAAGGCCGAAAGGUACCAGAAAGAUCUUGUGAAUUUACAAGAGCUAAUCCAGGCGAAACUUGACCAAUCUACUGACGAGAGUCUUCAGAAUGCCUCUAAGAAUGUCGACGAUGAGACUGGGAACAUGCAGACUGUGGUCAAAGAUGACAACAUAACACUGUGUCUCUGGGCCAACCUCAAAAUGAGUCCAAGGUUUAAGGGUUUUAAUUUUGAGGGAGUAGGUUUGGGUUUUGAGCUUCCCAAGCAGCUGGCUGUGAGCAGUAUUGCUGUGCGGAUGUGCCAUACACGCUAUGAUCAUCUAUCUAUGCUGGCGAGGAUUACUCACCCGGCAAUCCACACGCCCAGCCGCAGGUCUCUUGUGGGAAGCAAAGAAUAUCUGGAAAGUGAGGACACAACCGUGCACGAGGAGACAAAAGAAAAUGAGAGCGUGGUUGGAGAAGAUGAUGCGCAGCAGCGGAGAGUAGACGAUGAGGUGCAGUCCAUCAAAGGGUCAGAGGGACAGAAGAGCGCUACCAGUCUACGAUCAAGGAGGAGCAGUUCACGAUCAAGGAGGAGCAGUUCACGAUCAAGGAAGAGCAGUUCACAACCUUCAGAAGGUAGAAGGAGCCAAAUACUGACACAGAUCGAGGUAGUUUCUGCUGAGAAUGACCUGAUUGGUUCCCAGCUGACAAAGUCAGCAUGUAAUAAAGUGAUAGAUCUGAUGCAAUACACACCUCUGGGAGGGGUUUUCUACUGCGGCAUGUUUCACCUUCCCCCUCAAGCUCAAUGUGUAAACGGCUGGGAAUUUAGACAGAUACUUGACACAGGGCUGGAGGUGUUCCCCUACCCUGCAGAAACGUCCAACUUAGACAACAAUGAGCCUCUCACCUGCCCCCCUGUUGGGGUGUCUGUGAAACUGCCAGACUGUGUCAUCUUCUUGGAAACCCCUCAAGUGGCUCGCUGGGAUGCUGAAGGAACGCAGUGGAAGACAGAUGGUAUCACAGAUGUGUCGUUUGAGGAGGCUGAAGCCAAAAUCUCCUUCAAGAUGGAGUCAUUUCAACCUUUCGUGCUGCUGCAGGAAACAUAUGCCAACCUUCCAUUUCAAAGCUGGGAGCUUCGACCGCUGGGCCAGGACUCUGCCCUGUUCACCAUCAAUGGGGCUCUCAUCAAUCUCAGCAUCACAAUUAAGGAUAACCAGUGCAUGCUGCAGUCAGAGCAGGAGAGAGGACCAUCACAUCUCCUGGGCAAGUGGAUGAGUGGUCCUGCCUUGCAGAGAGCAAUGAUCAACGCAGGGAUCAACAUCUUUGUGAAUGAGCACUCGGACAGAUAUGUCAGCAUCUGUGACAAGGACCCACUUACAGAACAUGCUGCCUAUGAACAGAUGGCCCUCUUUGCCUCUGCCUGUGCCUUCUCAUGGAGCAAGUGGAAUGCCAAAAGUGGAACCAGGGAUCUGGUUAUGCAGGUGUGUGAACACUAUGAUGCCACGCCUAUACCUGAAGACUCGUGGACUCUGUACCUGCUCGCCCCUCAGAGAAGUAAAAAACUGGAGCUUACUGAGAAGUGUGAAGGUUUCUCCCCAGACCACUACCCCGGCAGUGAAUUUCACUCCACCUUAAUUCACAUCCUGCAGGACGACAUGAGUCCUGAUGCAGUAGCCCGGACCAGAAAGAGCCAUCACCUGUUUGUUGACACUGUACACAGGUUGCUGUGUGCCACCAGACCCCUGGUUUAUUCCAUAUAAUGUGAUAUUAGUCUGAUGAACUGAAAUAAAGUACUCAAAUGUACUGUUUGUGUUUGGAUGCAUGAAAGACAAAAAAUUAAAUAAAAGUAAAUAAUCUACUAUAGAAUAGGCUACUUUAUUUGUGCAAAGAUCCACGCUUCAUCUUUGGAACAUACAAAAGUGUAUGAAAUUGAAAACUGACAAUCACAGAGCUUGGAGAAAAAGACAAAACAAACAAACAAAACAAACUUUGGUGUUAAAACUGUAACAAGUAGAUAGUAUAGCACCAGUCAAAAGUUGGAUACUUACCACUUACGGUGUAGCCAGACUUUAAAAUGGUUCCAUAAAGCUUAAGAAUGAACAGAUACACACUUUUCCACUCAAAUCUAAACUCAUAAAUAUAGAUUUAAUAAACAAUCAAAGUUUUAUUGCCAGUGUUUAGACACAUUAUAAAAUGUCCUCUGCAACCAAAGAGGAAAUGAAACAUAAAAUGUCAUUAAAAGGCUGGCAGGUCACUGCCUCCUCAACAAGAUGAAAUGCAUUUAAAAAGAUAUGUGGCACAGUUGGAGGCCCCGUUAAGUCUCAUCUGUGCCAUCACUCUUACACCGUUGGAACAUGAUUGGUCAGUGUUGUGCCCACUCUGAUCACUGAUCAAACCUGAUGUGACAGA